AUAUAUUAUAAUAUAUCAGUUUAUUAAUAAUGCAACAAAAACACAUACCGUCUAAGAUAAAUCGUGAAGUUUUGUCGUCAUUUAUCGUUACAUCUCAAACCUUAAAAAUCUAUAACUACUUUCUAUUCAUAAUAUAUGGUUUAAUCGGUUUAUAUAUUAUAAUAAUAAUAUAGUCAUAGACGUACAUGGUACAUUUCACAACGUUAAAAAAAUAACAACCCUACAUAAUCUACAAGAUCUACAUAAUUCAUAUCAUAACGAAAAAACACGAUAUUAGACAGAUCAAAAGUAUAUAUUUUAUAUGUAUAUAAUACUGUUUUAUUAAUAGUUUACAUAAAAACGGUAGCUUUAACGCGGACAGAGCGAUUUAAUAUAAGGCGUACCUAAGUAUAACAUGAUAUGUUAUACCAUAAUAAUAUAACAUCGUCUCGUAUAUCAGCUUGAGACGACGGAUUUCGGGUCUGCGACCGAUUCGCGUAGUCCACCACUUAUACACACAUGCACCGUAAGUCGAAACUUUGGGCGGGCGGUUUCGCGGUCGAAGGGCGUCUAGAGCGCGCGUCCCUCGAACGCGUUCGUCAUUGGCCCGUUGGCUGGCGGCCGGUCCCUUUCUCGACCCCUCCGCGACAGACAGACCCUUUGCCGGCACACUCUCACGUCGCAUUUAAGUACGAUAUACACACGCGCAUAUGUACGACACGAUAUUGUGUUGGAUAGUCAUCCGUUCAUCGCACACCGUUCGCACGACACAACUGUCGAACACGCGGUCGCCGGCACUCCGAACGACAUUGCAGCUGUGUACAUAAUAUAAGUUAUAAGUCUUACUCCUGCGAACGAAUUUUCGACCUAAAUUGUAGAUUAAGACGACGACCGCGAGAGACUUCACAGAUAUCGUGCACGAAACAAAUUAAGUCGUACUAGUCGUAAUCCGUUGGACUCGACGUGAUUUUUCGACGGUCGUUUGUUACACGUGCGUUGUUUAUAUAACACCGAAACCGAGAAACUUUGACGACGGACAGUGCACGCAAAUACGAUAGUAAUAUUGCGAAUCACUGCAGCAGCAUAACAACAUCGGUGUACUGCACACAGAUACGCGCCUGCUCCGCACGAAUGAUCGAGGACAAGAAUCUCACUCCGUUUUCCAUAGCGGACAUUCUCAAAAGCGAUGACCGAGUGGGCCACGAUGGAGAUGGAGACGCGGCUGCGGUGGCACCUGCUGCACGUCGAGCCAAAAACUGCGCUGACGGAGCGCUGGACAUGACCAACAAUAAAUGCGCUGUCAAAAAAGAUGAUUUUAAAUUCCAUGAUACUGAAUACAGAAGGAGAAUCGAACUUUUAGGUAACGGUGAUUUUAUAUUUAAUCGGACAGGGGACCAUCGAAGCGCACUGUCACGAUUUCUACGGACUCACAGCGAGAGGCCACUGCACAUACAACAACGUAAAAAACGGUCUAGAGCCGCUUUCUCGCACACCCAGGUGUUUGAGUUGGAACGGCGGUUUAACCAGCAGCGUUAUCUAUCGGGACCGGAACGUGCCGACCUAGCACACUCGUUAAAACUGACCGAGACUCAGGUGAAAAUAUGGUUCCAGAACAGACGGUACAAGACCAAGCGUAAGCAGCUGCAAAUACCGUCCGGCGGCGGUGGUAGUGGUGGUGGUAGUCCACCUGCCAAAAGAGUGGCGGUCAAAGUCUUGGUCCGUGACGACGAGUGUCCCAAAGAGGCCGUACACCAGACGUCGUCCGAGGCCUAUCACCGUCAAUCGUCCAGACACACGUCUCAGGGUGCAGUGGCAGUGGCUGCUGCAGCGGCGGCGGCGGCAGCGGCGGCGGCCAGUGGCGAUUAUCGGAUGCAGCAACUGUUGCAACAGCAACUGCACCAACAUCGAAGCCAAGUACACCAGCAACGCCUCCACCGUGACGAUCACGCUUCCGUCACUUACCUACACCCCCAAUCGACUUUCGGCAAUGGGCUACAUCACUUUCCUCCCGGCUCCGUCGCUGCUCCUUACUACUGUUACGAGUACGGCCCGGUGGUGGCAGCAUACCUUCAACACGAACCCGGAAGUCGGGUGUCGUCCACUACCACGACUGACGAGCUGCAGGACACAUCCGACGCCGGCAGCGAGUGUUCCAUAAACGUCAUCGACGAGUGUCCCACGUCGACGACGGUCUCCGAAUGACGCGCGCCCGUAUGGUUAUCGACGAACGAUUCGCUAUAAUCAUUGUGUCGCGUUUUGGAAGCGAAAACAACCGCCGGAGAUGCAUUUAGGUUUUCGGCUGCAGGCCAACCAAAAUGUUCAAUAAAAUGGAGAUGAUUGAUUCGAUCGCACCCCUAAAAAACAAUAACUAUCUUCUGCGUGACAUAUUAUAAAAAAAGGUGGAAUGUGUUACGUUCGUAACUUUUCACAAACCCGAUUUUUUUACGUUUUUUAUCCAGUUAUCGUCUUAUGUCGAUCGUUGGUCGAUAUUGGCUGUAAUGUUAUUUUUUAUAUGAUAUGGUAUUGCGAAACAUAGAAUCAGACUUUUUUCGAUAUCAAUUUGUCUAUGAUCUUUAUUCUUUCAAAUACUACACUAGGAAAUACAUUUUUUUUUGUUAAACAAUCUUUCCUAUUUUUAACCCUCUUUAAUAUCUUUAAUAUACCUUUUACUAUAGAACAUAAUAUUAUAUAAUAUUCUUUAUUCAUUUUGAAACUCGUCAAUAUCUAAUUCAUUUUUAGUAAAUAAACUCUUUUUAAACAAUUGUAUUGAAAUGUUCAAUUAUGCAUACAUAUAAGACAUAAUAUUAUUAAUAUAAUAAAAGACACAGUUGUAUGUACCUACAUAAUGCAUACUAUGUAUUUAUCAUAUUUAUUAUUAUUAUUAAUUAUAUAUUUGGUCAUAGUUACUAUAACUAUUUACUACAGUGAAAAUUCAAAAUGCCAGUACCUAAUAAAAAUAUGGAAAUUCGAUUAAGUAUAGCUUUUAUUUUGAAUAUUUAUUUAAUACAGUUUUUUCUUCAAUUUCGAUCGUUUUGAUAGACAUAUAUAAGCUCCAACAAUAGUACCUAUUUUUUGUAUAAACAC